AUGUCAGUUAUAUGGGUUAAUAUGGGGAUAGAUGUUACAACUUCAAAGCGAAGUAUACGAACAGCAGCAGAAAAGAAACUUGGUGCUAAAAAAAUAGUGAUAUUGCAGCCUACUGUUUUACGGAUUGUUGAUUUUUUGUCAAAACAGGUCAAAUACAAGUACACUGAUCUUCAUAUCGUAACAUUUAAUCGUUACAAACUUUAUACUUUUGAUGAUGCUUUUCAUUCUGAGAUUUCAAUUGUGUAA